CAGCUCAGGGGAGCAAAGCACAGCCUUGCUCUGUUGAAGCCAGGUACUGUCCUGGGCAAUUGGCUCCAGGCUCAGCUCAGGAGGCAACCACCUGGAGCUACAGGCACCCGAGGCAAGGAAUGCCUGAAGGAAAGGGGCCAGGUCCUGCUCACCCCUCUUGAGCUACUUGCCCCUGACAUCCCCGAUGCUCCUGUUGAGCCUGGGUCCUUGGUGAAGCUUCCUCUUUUAGCUGCACCACCACCAGGUGUCUGUGACCGCCCGGUGGCUGCUUUCCUUUCCGCACCAUAUAUGGCCUGGCAGGGGGGGUCACAUGCAUUCCGGGCCGCCGGCCGGUAGGGGUCGCUGGGGAAGGGGCAGACGGCGGGAGAAAAGGGGAGGGGAUCGGAGGCAGAGACAGGAGAGGGGUGGGGUGGCGGAUUCUGGGGCCAUGGGAGGCAGCAAAGGCUCGAGGAGCCGAGCGCUCGCCACCGCGCCAUGGCGCUGCACUCAUGCGGCUGCGGAGGUGGUGGUGGAGGAAGGGACCCGCGCGGGGGGGGGGGGGGGGGCGAACGCGUCGGAAGCCAGAGAGCGCCGUGUCCCUGCGCUCGGUUGGUCAGCGGGCGCGGGCCGGCAGGAUGGAGCCGCAGCACGUGCGCCCCAUGCUUGGAUCCCAGAGCCCAGCCUGGGAGGAACCGGGGUUGCUGGUGUACUACCAUCAUCCCCAACACUCCUGUUCAGAAGAUGGGUGAGGAAAGUGGAAAGCCUAACCACUCAGCCGAUGACAAGUGGGAAAAAUGCGCUACAAGAUCACCUGAUAUUCAUCAGUGAGAAAGCUUUGCACAAGAGUAUACUGAUGGGAUUCGGUUUGAUGGAAAUAUACUCUCAAGAAUAAUUAAUAAAACCAGUGCUUCUUACGGACCAUCAGGAUGAAGUACCAAGUUCAAGGACAGUUCUGCAAGAACUGCUCAAAGACAGCCAAGUGGAACAAGAAGAAAGCCAAGCAGAAGUCAUUCAUUCCCAGCACCCUCAGCACCUUUCUCCAGGACAGGGUCACUCAGCUUUGGUAGAAGAAGGGAUGACCUGAGAUAGCUGCCACAUAUUCCCACAGAAAAGAAGCAGCCAGCAAUAUUGGGGAAAGAAUAUAGGUGUCAGGGGCAGAAAGCAGAGUGUAAAGUGAAUAAAUAAAAAGAUAUCAAUAAAAAAUAUUUAAUUAUUUAAAAAAAUUGGACAGAAUGUAUUGUUCUAGUAACUCUAGUGUGUAUACACAGGCAAUAACUUUAACACCCAGAGAGAAUAGAUGUUGUAAAGUAGGGUGCCUUUGGUAUUGACAUAAACUAGGAACAUAGCAAAGAUAAAUAAAAAAGAAAGAUGUUUGUCCCAUAGAUCCAUUAUUCUUCUCAAGUCUAAGUGUUUGUGCUCACUUUUACCAGAACUCUGGAAACCUCUGUUAAUCCAGGUCUCAGGGCUCAUCCAAAGUACAGUCCUGAACCGGCUGUGGCCAAGGGUUCCUGUGUUGUUGGCUGACCUCUGCCUCAGGCUUCAGAGGCACUGGAGGGGCAGUGUUGGCCUUCAGGUGGCAGCCAUUACAGGUCCCCUACCAUACCAGAUAGCGAGUCUUCCACAGAUGCCUGACAUCUCAAAAAUAGAAGCUUGGGUAUUCCAAAGAUUGGGAUGCCACUCUACAGUCAUGAUGAGUUGAUUACGUGGGACCAUACAAGUUAACUAAUGUCUGUAUGACUGUUUUCUUUAUUUGAAAGUGAGUAAUGAGAUCAUCUCAGGAGUGGUUGCUAAGAAUAAAAUCACUGAUUAACAUAAAUGAUAGGACUGUACAGAGCAUGGGCUUAAUAUUCUGGGUCCAGUGCAAAUAGCUGGGAGAGUUCAAAAAAAAAAACCAAUAAAAGCAACAGGAAUGCAAACAACAACAAUUGUUUAAAACCCUUUUGAGUGCUGAGAUUACUGGCAUGUACCAACUGUGGCUAACUUUUUUUGUUUUUAUAAUUAACAACCAAACAUACAAACAAACAAACAUCCCUAUUCCAAUUCCAGCAGUUUGCAUCAGAGAGAGCUGUGUGACACUGCAUGCUGCUUCCUUUCCUCAGAUAGCUCAGGUCGUCAGUCCUAUACCAGGUCAGCUGGACCUAAGACAGUGUAGUUGAACUACUUGCUGUCACGACAUGAUUCUACAACAAUCCUUUUCUUGGUAAAAUUGAGCCUCUAUAGAGUAAGCCCCAUGUUGUUGGAACCAGGACCCUUUAGGCCAGCAAACACACAAGCCACCCUUUGUGAAAGAGAAAAGGAAAAAUCACAUUGGAAAAAAAUAUGCGCCCUAAUUGUAAGAAAAAGCCCUCAUCUUUGAAGCCAUCACCUAUCUCCCCCUGAUUUUUGAGCUCUGCAUAUUGAUAUUGUGUGGCUCAAGAAGGUAGUGAAAUUCAGAUGUUUUCUGAAAGAAGAUAUACAUGAUUUUUCACUCUUAAAUCUGUGAGGUUAGGGGGCACAGGUUCAGCAAAGCCAGCAUAAGAACACAAAAGCCAGAGAUGAUAAUGCCAAAGGGACAGCAUCCUGACCUUAUAGACACAUUAAAAUUGAGGUUUCAUCUCAAUUCAGGUCAUUGCACUCCCAGCCCUACCUUCUGAGUAUUAUAUUUGCUGUGAGUACAGUAUGACGUUACAACCUGCAACACCCUCAUUUCUCAACUUAGCAAUUCUGGAAGACAGAUAUUGGAGAAGUAAUUGCUAUGAGGCUACAAUGCAGUAAUGUACAGUCCAGGAUGACCACUACUCUCUGUUGCCCACUUAAAUUGUCUGGUUGUAUUUGAGAAUGGGAGCAUGUGCAGGAUAAUGUUUUGAAGAAGGGACAGCAAGUUAACCAUUUAUAUUUGCCCUGUAGAUGAUUCCGUAUGUUCAAAA